AUGAGCAAAUUAUUCAUGAAACCUCUCAAAAAAAGUAUUGUUGACAGAUUUCCUAACAUCAGUAUUACUGAUGCUGACAUUAGCAAAUCUGCUAGUGUCAAAGACUUGUGGAAAAAUAACCAAUGGGCAUUUUCAGAUCCCAUAGAUGAAGCUACUCAAGAGAUGUGGAACCAAAUCAAAAAUAACUAUUGUGUUACCCCUGGAAAUAUUGACAGUAUCACCUGGAAAGCUCAGAGCAAUGGUUUGUUCACCAUCAAAAGCCUCUGGAGAAAUUUGAAUGUUAGCAGAUGCAAAGUCCCUUGGUAUAAAAUCAUCUGGUUCUCUGGGAACAUUCCUAGACACUCAUUUACUACCUGGUUAGCCUUGAAUAACAGAUUAAACACUAAAGACAAGCUAGUAACAUGGAAAGUUAUUCCUACUAAUAUCUGCAGUCUCUGUAAUCAGUAUCCUGAAGAUGUCAACCAUCUCUUCUUUAGUUGCAAGUUCUCCUAUGAAAUUUGGAAUUGCGUUCUGAAAGAUAUGGGGAAAAGGAGGCUUUUCUUAUGUGCCACAGUGUACCAAAUUUGGCUUGCCAAGAAUGGAGUUAUCUUUAAUCAAAAAGUUGCCAAUAGUGAUCAAGUGUUUGGUUGUAUUAAAGCUGAUGCUGCUGUUGUAGCUAAUUAUCACCUUGUUCUUUUGCCAGUUUUUUAG